AUGUGGCGAUGGAAUAGGGUCUCGAAGAGGAGACUCUUAUUGCGUAAUCAUUUGAGACGUUUUCCACUACUUGAAAAAACAAUGGUCGUACCGGAGGAACGUUUGGUUUUUGAGCGAGAGUUACUGGAUGGUUCGCGAGGGAUUUCUCGGGCUAGUAAUAGUAAUAGUAGUAGUAUAUCUAUCAUGGGUUUAUCCCAUAGUUUUUAUCCUUUUGCUGUUUUUGCCCUACGAGGGGGAAUGUCCUCCAAUCUCGUACCUGAUGAUUUGUGGCCGUUAUUGUUAUUAGCAAUAAAUACAACGGAUGUCUCUCUUGAGCUGAGGGAGGCAUGUCUAUUUAGUGGUACAUCUGUUUAUGGGUAUUAUUGUGUACGGCGUGCAAUAGAGGUUCUUAAGAAUGUUCCUUUUCAAACAUCUUCUUGUGGAACUAGUACCAUGUACAUGAAACUUGUUGUGUCAUUGAUAGAUUCAACUUCUUCAGUAGACGAGGGAAAGUUCAUGGAAGAGUUUAAAAAGUUUAGACUCCCCAUUCCUUGUCAUAUCCUACAAAUUUUGCUUUCUGGAUCUUUGCCUCCAUCUAUCCUCACUUGUAUCGUUACUUGUGAAUUGGAAAAGUUUAAAGAUGGAAUUACUCCCGAGUUCUUUAAUGCUUCUAUGAAUGGUCUUUUAUCUAAUGAUAAUUUUUUUUCACCUCUCCAUUUUGAUGAGAUGAAUCUUAUUUUAACCAAUAUCAUUGAUAAGAUACAAUCAUCAUCCUUUGAUUUUUUAUCGGUUCAUUGGACUCCUUUAUUAAAUAAAAUGAGUCGAAUUUACAUGAGACAAUGCCAGGGUGAAGCUCUUGUAUUACUUCACUCUAAACUUCUUACAGUAAUACCAGAAUUAGAGGCAAAACUACCUCUUUUAUAUCUUCUUCGUUGCAUGGGUAGUCUGGUAGAUGCAAGUGCUUUAAAAGAGGAUGCGUCUUACUUGUGGAUAAUCAUAGUCGACAUCGCCUCCUUCGCUCUUCGACUUCAUGGUAGUGUUGUGGAAAAUUUACGUUCUAUUUGGGUGCUUUUUUUCAAGGCUGCUGUAACAUUAAAACCAAAAGAAAAAAGUUACUCACGGAUCUUUGAGGCUUAUCAUGUUUUUGCUUCUCUAGGUCACCCCAUAACGUUGGAAAAAGCAUCCUUUUCUCAGCUUACUCGUUAUUUAGUAAGUUCUAUCGGCUCUCUAACUUUAGAUGAGAUUUCUCUCGUUUUACGUAACUUUUACCAAUUUUUGAAAGAACAUCCAAGUGUUAGUUUUUUGUGGAUUACAGAUGCUCUUAUUGCAAUCUUAAGUGAGAUUUGGACCAUUCAUGGGGAGGCGGCAUCACCUUUUGUACAGAAUCUUAUUAGAAAUCUUGAAGAAGAUUAUUUUCCUUCUAUGCGUUUAAGUGGAAUUUAUCUAGCCAAUUAUCCAGCUAUUCGUCUUUUACUUGAAAACUUUAAGGUUGUGAAAAAGGCUGAAUUCUGGUGGUGCUGUGGGUGUGGUGCAAACCUUCCUUCUUCAGCCAAAAAGUGCUUAAUUUGUCUGCGUAGAUGCAAUAUUUCUUGGACAUGUGUUACAUGUGGCGCACAGCAUAAAACUAUGGAGGUAAACAGUAAAUGUCUCUGUGGUUCUGUAAAUCCAAGGACGCGCGAAGCUGCAGAGAGGAAUAUUCAUUUAUGUACUAAAUGUGGUGAUGUUGUACCUUCUCUUAACGUGUGUACUAAAUGUGAAACUGUAUCUAAAGAGCAAUAUACACUAAGGUUAUGCUCAUUUUGUAAAAAGUUGUACAGUCAGCAAUCUAUCUGUUGUCCACAUUGUUACACUGCAAACCAAGACAAACAACCUAUUCUCUGGCGUUGCGAUUCGUGUGAAGAGUAUAAUCAGUGGACGUGGUCAAAAUGUCAGCGAUGCCCUGCGAAGCGUAAGGUAGGAUGUAUAACUUUCCCACUAAAUCCAUGGGUUUGUGGUUGUGGUGCACGAAAUCAUCCGUGUCGUAUUGGUUGUGAGCAGUGCUUUUCAUGUAUUCGUGGGGGUUAUACAUGCAAUUCAUGUGGAUUAGUCUCUAAUAAUCAUGGUUCACACUAUGUGGUUAUCGGUUCUCAAAAGCUUCGUUUGAUAACAUGUGAACAUUGUAAACAUGUUCACCCACGUGAUUGUAAUAUUCUUUCCUCACCAUUUCUUCCACGACACUGUCAUAAGUGUGGAGUUGAGUAUACUGGUUCAGAUACUUCUGGUAAUAAGGAUCACUGUACUUUUUGUAAUGCUUUGCUUUGUUACAAUGAGUUAAAUCCAUUUCUCUGUAGUCGCUGCGAAUUUCCUUCUCCGCAGUGUGGUUUUAAUUGUUCAUCCUGUGGAGCUCCACGUGGAGAUAUUGUAGCAGGUGAUUUUUUCGUUUGGCGGUGUCAUCGGGAGGUUCCUGUGAAAAUAACAACCAUGGAAUCUAAAACUCAAGUCUGUGGUCACUGGAAUUACAGCUGGUCAAACCACUGUACCUUUUGUGGUGAAUCACGUGCCUACCACAAACAUGAGUGUAGAGCACGUUUUGUGGAAUGGGUUUGCUCAUCCUGUGAUAGUCGUAACUUUCCCACAGAUGUUUUAUUGUGUCCGUCUUGUGAUAAUGGACUUCAGAUUGCAGAUGAUUGCUCUAUUUGUGGUUCACCUCAUCUUUGCAUAGAGUGCACAAAAUAA